AUCUGUAUAAUGGUUUAACAACAUGACAUGGUAACUGGAAAUACCGGAAGUGUUUUGAUGAGUUUGAUUAUGGUAUAAACGUAGAUUACAGGUAUUCCCAAGGACAAUGGGAGCAGAGUGGAUUUUAUUGACAUUUAUCUUGGUGUACAAUGGCCAGGGGUUGGGGGAAGAAUCAACACAGGGAUGGAUAAACAGAGGCCAGAUCAGAUGUUACGUACAAAAGUGUGCAAAGGAUCAGGUUUUUCGUCCUUGUACUAAAGAUUCCACUAAGGAUACAUGUGUAGACUGCCCAGAAGGCUACUUCCUGCCUGAUUUAAUUGACACUUCUAAAUGGACCGAACCACCCGAAUGUUACAGAAAUGACUGUGACAUGUGUGAUCCAACUGAUUCUGUGCUGGACAACCCAAAAGAAUGUGGAAAUACACAAAAGGCUCAUUGUGUGUGUGACAGAACCAAAGACUACUAUGGUGAAAAUGACCCAGGACCAGUGACAUCAUGCACAAAGAAAAUCGGUGAUCUCUGUCACAGGAAAGGGGUACAGUUAAAUCAAAAAGGAGAAUGUGAGCCCUGUCCUCCUGGAACGGAAAAGAACAGAGACGAUUCAAGCCUUUGUACUCAAAUAGAAACAAGGGAAAUAGCUACGACAAAGCAAGGGACUGAAAUUUUAUCUAAACACACUACAGCCAAUAUACAGACAAACUCUUCGUACACUUCAAGCACAAUACCACACAGAACACUGCCUACAUCAAUCAGUGAUGCAACUGUGAUUGGGGUGACAGUAGGGGUAGUGUUUGUGUUCUUGGGCCUUAUUGUCAUUUUGAUUGUUUAUUUCUGCAUAAAACGGAGAAAGAAUGAUAAGGAAAAGCUAGAUGGUGAAAAUUGUUGUCCCUUGGAGAACCCCAGGGAUUCCACUUCUGAAGAAUCAACUGCAAGCAGUGAGGUAGUCUUGCUCCUGAAGAAAGAUAAAAACAUAAAACACGAAGAAACCAAUGGAUAUCCUGUAAAACCCAUGAUUGCAGUGAAACCAAUGAUAAGUGUAGAUGAAACAAAGACAGAUGAGGAGGAGGAAUUCGAUUAUAGUCUGAAUGUAGGAGGAUUUGUUAAUGCGACAAAUGAUGAGAACGUUGAUAGUGCUGAAAGGGACAGAAAUACAAGGCCAGAGACUGGAUUGGACAGUCUUGGAUAUAACGCAACAGAGGUGAAGGCUGUGCAUUCACAUGAUGAGACUGAUUUAAAGGUACCUGUUCAGAUUGGUUCAAAUGGUGAGAAUUUGCAUAGAACUAAUGUUAAAACAGUGUAUUCAGAGGAAACUGAAGUAAAACAAAUCGGAAUCAGUCCUGCAAGAAGACAGGAUAGUGAUAUCACAAAUGUCAAACAAUCUGUUUCGUCAGAUGAAACUCCUAUGAAGCAAAUUGCUAUUGGUCAUUCUAGAAGAAUGAUAGAUAAUGAUUCUACUGGAAUCAAACCAUUGGUGUCAUCAGAGGAAACUCCACUGAAGGAAAUUGGAAGAGAUCACUUUAGUAGAACCACGAACAAGAAUGGCUCUGAUGAUGAAACAGGUGUGUCUCCAGAGGCAACUAGUUUGAAGGAAAAUGAAACACCCGUAAAGAUUCCUGUAGCACCAGUGAGAUAUGUUCAGCCUGUAAGUUCAGUUUUCUCUCCAAAACAUUUUCAAAGCAGAGAUGGAAGUGUCCAUAAUGAAGUGAAUGUGACACAGUUCUCAAAAGCAAAUCAAAGACAGCAAGCAACUGUUUUAUCAAACCAAAGCAAUUCUGUUCAGCCAACAGUGUGCAAGUUUACAGAUCACCCAGAGAGCACAGAUACAAUGUCUGGCAUUGCUUCUGGAAAGAAUGAUCACAAAAACACCACAAACAAUGAUACUUUAUCUCACCGCCGUCAACAGGCAGAGGAGAUAAAUCAAGAAAAAAGUUCCUCUCUUGAAAAGCAAUCCUCCCAGGCAAGAAGUGAAGAAAGUAAUACUGUUGCCGAUUCUGACUUGCAUACAGAGAAAAGUGAAGGGCAUUCCCAUACAAAAACUGCCUCAGGAGGAUCAGUAUCGGAGGAAUGUUUAGGCAGUGCUGAUUAUGAUGAAGGAGAGAGUGUGGAGCUAGCAUCGUCAGAAAUCAACGAAAUCUCCUCAAACCAUCAACCCAAGGUUAUGUCAAGUAGUGGUCAAUCAGGUGUUCACCCUCUGAAUCAAUAUGUCCCACACCAGUCCCAUCAAUCCAAUCUGAAUCAACAUGUGCAAUCUAAUGGGCCUCAACCAGAUCAAUCUAGCCAACACCAGCUGUAUCAACCCAGCCAACCUCAACCAGAUCAACCUAGCCAUGAACAAGGAGUUCAGUCAAGACUGAAUGAGAUAAAUAAUGGUGUAGGAGUGAAAUCUGAGUCUUCCUCAGUACCCAUUCCCAGUGGAACAUCACGGCAGACUUCCGGUGCCUCGUACGUCCAGAUGUCAGUCCAGAACUCUGCUGCCACUUCCGGUUAUGGCACUGCAAAGAUCGGAACUUACUCAGAGACAGCAAACAACAGUGGACAUGAAAGGUCUGUAGAUAAUACAUCAUCUGAACCACUGGUAGUCAACUCUGUACUGCGAUCAGAUUCCCGUAAUGCAGGUGAUCCUCUUGAGGAAGAUAAAAACAAAUCCAAUGAUUCUCUGGGUGAGAGAGGACUUAAUAAUGCUCCCUCUAUGAAUACUGAAUCCAGUGAUCAGAUCAAACCGAUGGAAGUGAUACCUGUGCCAGUGCUCAUUAAAAGGGAACCAGGAGUUGCAGGAGGGUCACUAGAGGGGGAGAUAGCUAGUUCCAGACAGCAGUUACUUAACCAGGCUUUUGUUGCUCAAGGUGGACGGCGUGCAGAGUCUGGGUAUUGUUCCUGAUCUACUAAUACAUGUAUUAUCAUCACUGGAUGCUGAAAGAUGCAGAAAGAAGUACAGCUUAAUCAGAUAGGUCCUUCAUGUCUGGAGACUGGAUAAUCAUGAGUUUAAAUACUUUAAUGUGUAUUACUUACUGCUGCCUGUGGUGUUUUACAUACCAAAGUUAGAAAACUAGUACAACUCAUGUAUGGGUACUGGGAGAUAAAUAACCGUAAAAAUAAUACAGACUCUAGUCACCAAAGAUGUAUACAUUAUAAAGCUGUUUAAUAUUAUACUAUGCAUAACUUCCUUGCCAUUUGUUUUUAAGCAGCGUUCACUUAUGUUUUAAAAAUGUGUUUAGGGUUGAAAUGUGCCAUAGAUAUUUUUGAUAUACAGAUACAUCCCAUAAAAUACCCUGGUAUUGUUCAGAGCAAAAUCACCUGGAAUAGUUGUAAAUUGUUGAGAAGGAAAUAAAAGUGCCUAGAUAUAUUGUUUUUUCAAGAAUAAGGUUUAUAACUGUGUGACAUAAGUAGAUAUAUGAUCUCUGUAUGUUAGAAAGAGACUCGGUGCUCCUGUAGAUAAGAUUAUCUACACUUAUCACUUAAUUGUGAAACUAACAAGAAUGCCCGGUGAUGUUCUGUUAUAGUGAUUUUUAAAUAGUAUGCAGCAAAAAGAGACACAAAAGAUAAAUUCUAUGUAGCCAUCUUGUCCAUUGAAUGGAAUUCCUUACAAAUAUGUAAAACAUACUGUAUACAGAGCUAUUUUACCUCUGUUGAUUUGUUAUUUACACAUGUACAUGUUUAAUAUGUAUGUUUUAUACAUGUAUAUUAUUUAGUAUCUUGUAUCCUACCUUCUAAAAUAUAAAAUUGUUUGCUUUAUAUAGAGAAAUAGAGAAUCAAUGUCUGUAUAUAAACAAAAAUAAAUUUAUGGUGUAAAUGUAUGUUUAUAGAUCCUGGAGUGGACUUUAUCUAUAUAGGCCUAAUGAAUUCAGUUUUACAACAUCUGCUAGAUUGUUAUGUAUAAUAUGUCACUCUUUGUAUAGUUUGAUGUAUGCUUUAUCUGUAUAAAUCGGAGUAGCUAAACACUAUAAACCAAACUUUAUUCGCAUGAGAGAAAAACAUGUAAGUUUCAUGUCCAACUAUUUUGAAUAUUUUUUGCUGUGUUUAUGUAGAAUUUGUGUAGUUGCUUACAGAUUCAGGCUGAAAGUUGUUGGAGAUUCUCAAAUGUAUUUUAUUUCUUUUUAAACAAUUAUUCAAGUGCUUCAUUUGUUAAAUGUUUUUAAAAAAGAAUUUUAUAGAUUAAUAUCUGAACUACAGAAUUAACAUCAUUCUUUCAUACACCUGUACAUGUUUGUGUUUUUGCACUUAGUUUUUAUCUUAGCAUCAUUUUAAAAGUAAGUAGUAAUCCUAGAGAAUGUGUGCCAUUUUCAGAAGAUGAAUCUCUUUGCAUAGGUAGAGUGUCUCCCUUUUUUUGCUCACCUGAACUGAAGAUGGAUGAGUGUUCAACCUUUCAAUAUAAAACAUAUCUGCUUUUUCCUAGCCAAUGUGCUCAGGUGAGCAAUGAGGCCCAUGGGCUUCUCGUUUAAAGGAAUUUUAAGUUUUUUACUUAGUUUUCUGAUCUGUUUUCUAGAUCUUUAAAAUUUGUACAUAUGGAUUACACAAGAUAUAUUUGUAAGGAAAACUUGCAUGCUAGUAUGACAAGGAAUAAAUAAGGUUGUCAUUGAAUCAUCUUUCAUAUUAAGAAUGAUUCAUGCAUGUGCAGUUAUCUUGAGAAUUUUUAUGCCCCCCUUCGAAGAAGGGAGGGCAUAUUGCUUUGCUGCUGUCUGUUGGUCCGUCUGUCGGUCUGUCGGUCCACUUAGUUUCCGUUCAUUUUCUUUGCAACCGUUGCAGAUACUGAAAUGAAAUUUGGUAUACAGAUAUAUCACAUGAAUAUCUAGGUCAAGUUCUGUUAUGGGUACGAUCGCACCAUUUUUGACAGAGUUAUGCCCCUUGGACUUAGAAAAAUUCCAAUUAUUUGCAGUUUCUGUUCAUUUUCUUUGCAACCGUUGUAGAUACUGAAAUGAAAUUUGGUAUACAGAUAUAUCACAUGAAUAUCUAGGUCAAGUUCUGUAAAGGGUACGAUAGCACCAUUUUUGACAGAGUUAUGCCCCUUGGACUUAGACAAAUUCCAAUUAUUUGCAGUUUCCGUUGAUUUUCUUUGCAACCGUUGUAGAUACUGAAAUGAAAUUUGGUAUACAGAUAUAUAUCACAUGAAUAUCUAGGUAAAGUUAUGUUUUGGGUACAAUUGCACCAUUUUUGACAGAGUUAUGCCCCUUGAACUUAGAAAAAUUUCAAUUAUUUGCAGUUUCCAUUCAUUUCCUUUGCAAUAGUUGUACAUACUGAAAUGAAAUUUAGCAUACAGAUUUACCAGAGGAAUAUCUAGGUCAAGUUAUAUUUUGGGUAUCAUCGCACCAUUUUUGACAGAGUUAUGCCCUUUGGACUUGGAAAAAUUCCAAUUAUUUGAAGUUUCGGUUCAUUUUUUUUCACAACUGUUGAAAAUACUGAGAUGAAAUUUAGAAUACAGAUUUAUCAGAUGAAUAUCUACAUUAUUUUCUGUUUUGGGUACCAUUGUACCAUUUUUGACUGAGUUAUGCCCCUUGGACUUAGGAAAAAAAUUCCAAUUAUUUGCAGUUUCCUUUCAUUUUCUUUGCAGAGGUUGCACAUACUAAAAUGAAAUUUGGUAUACAGAUUUAUCAGAUGACUAUCUUCGUCAAGUUCUGUUUUGGGUACAUGUACAAUCACACCAUUUUUGACAGAGCUAUUCCCUUUUGGACUUGGAAAAAUUUCAAUUUGGGGGGAGGGGCCCAGGGGGGCAUAAGUGUUUUACAAACAUCUCUUGUUUAUAAAAACUUGCUGUUUACAGUUAUUAUUUGUAAUAAAAAAGGUUAAUUUCCAAGUUCAUAACUGUGAGUCUUUGAAAUGUCAGUGAAACUGAAUUUCUUGUGGUUGUUAAAUCAGAUGCUUAUUAAUUGAUUUAAAGUUAUAGAAAUUUUAGUUUCUUAUUGGUUUGUAGCGAAUGUUUUAUGUAAAAUUUAUUCCAGAUAAUUGUAAUUUGAGAACACAAAUGAUUUGCUUUAAUUCUUUGUUCACCAAUAGCUAAUUUGUAUGUGAGUUUUCACUGAACUCUUCUAAGGCCAUAAAAAAUUAAUUUCUUGGUUCUCAGGCCUUCCCUCAUCUCUUCCAAGGGUGCCUCAUUGACCCUUUUUAUUGCUAAAUCAAUAAAAUACAACAACAAAAAAAUCACCUCCCUCAUCAUUUUUUGAGGUUUUGUACAAUGUAAAAAGCUGCCUCAUCAUGUUUUUGGGGCAAUAAAAAAAGUUUUUAAAAAAUGCCUCCCUCCCUCGUCAUAUUUUAAAAAAAAAAAAAAAAAAAGGCCUGAGAACCAAGGAAUUAACUUUGCAUGGCCUAAACCAGGAAGGGUAAUUGAGCUGUGAUAUGUACUCUUCCACUUUAAACUGUGUUACUGACUUUCAUAGUUUCCACCCUUUUCAUACCGAUUUACAUGCAUAAUGUAAAGAACAUACAUUUUCACCUUGAAAAGUCGAUACCGGUAUUGUUUUUUUUUUCUUUUUGACCAUUCUGCAGGUUGUAAGUGCUUAGAUUUUGAUGAGAAAAGAUUUGUUAGUGGAGAUUCAAGGUUAUUUUCAAGCUGUGAUAAAUUCAGAUUUUUUUUUUGUUUUUUUUUUAAUAAGGCAUUGUUUUUAUUGUACAGAUAUUUAAAAUGUAAUGAAAGGAAGUGAAAUUCUAAGAUGAAAAAGAAAUUUGUUGAGAUGAUAACAUUUCAUUCAAAAAAUUUACCUUAAAUAUGUUAUUUUUUAAUUCCUACCAUACAAUGUAUUUGUUGCAGUUUGAGAGCUAAUUGAAUUGGUUCACUGGAUUGUUUGCAGAUGUUUAAUUGACUUCUCAAAAAUUUUGAGAAUAUGUUAUCAUCAUAAUCAUGAAUAAAUGGCAUUCCUUUUUCAAUAGAAUAAAUGAUUUCACAUUUCAA